UCACAAUCCACGAGCUUCGUACCCCAAUUCCAUCUCCCAGCCUAAGCCCCCUCAAUCCAUUCCUUUCACUUAUUAGUCUUUCACUCGUUCAGAACACGUUCAGAACACUCACCCCUUGCGGCCGCCUAAACCUGCUCCUGGAUCCAUAAUCUACGGCGAACACCUCACACUCACCCAUAUCGACGCGUCCAACCCCGAACAUUUUGCUUCCUACGCCAAAUGGCAAAACUCCGAUCGUGCUAAUGUAGAAUGGCGCGAGAAAGGCCUGAUGAGAAACACAGAGCUUUCCUUGCUAAUCGUCUGGCAGAUAAACACAUCAUGGGAUUUAUCGUUGCUUGGAACGGCGAAUUGGAAGGGUAUGGUGAAAUGACUUGGGCUAAAGAAGAUCCGAUGGGAACAUAUGUUGGUGGCCUUGGGACUAUGAUCAGGGCACGCACUUACUGAUUGGUGAGGAGAAGUUCAGAGGACGCCAACGGUUCACUGCUGUGAUGACCUCGAUGAAGCACGCAUGCUUCCUCCGAGAUCCUAGGACAGAGGUUGUUGUUGGAGAGCCUCGCGCUGAUUUACCAAUUGUUCCAAGGCUGAUUGCAUACCUUCCGCAAGAAUUAAACAGGGAAUUCGAGCUCCCUCAUAAAUGCGGAGUGUACUUUACGUUAUGUAGGGAAAGAUUCUUCCAAGCUGCCAUGCUUGAUUGAGAGCGUUCCGAAGCGUAGAAAACCCAAGAAACGAAGAUCCUUAGUCAAUCUGUUGAAGUAUUCGUUACCAGCAAAUAAAGUGGGGAUUACUAGCCUUACGCGUGAUCAUCGAGGAGUGACUCGAAAGCAUACGUGUAUGAGCAACAGACGUAAUGUACAAAUCGCAUAUAACGAUACCAAGAAAUACGCUCUCGAGAGCAAUUCUAAAA